AUGCCAGCGGCCACUACUAAUAAACCAAUUACUCAGAGUACAAAUGUUAUAGUUCAUCCUUUGGUACUAUUGUCUGUUGUAGAUCACUAUAAUCGAGUUGCUAGAAACACCAAAAAGCGUGUGGUUGGUGUUCUAUUGGGUCAAAAUAAUGGGAAAACCGUGAAUGUUGCCAAUAGUUUUGCUGUUCCCUUUGAAGAAGACGAAAGGGAUCCUUCAGUAUGGUUUUUAGAUCAUAAUUAUGUUGAAUCUAUGAAUGACAUGUUCAAGAAAGUUAAUGCGAGAGAAAAAAUGAUUGGUUGGUAUCAUAGUGGACCAAAACUUCGAGCAUCAGACUUGGAAAUCAAUGAAUUAUUCAAAAGAUACACUCCAAAUCCAGUUUUAGUAAUUGUAGAUGAUGGUACAGCUACUACAAAAACGUUUAUGCAUGUUCCAUCACAAAUUGAAGCCGAGGAAGCAGAAGAAAUCGGAGUUGAACAUCUUUUACGUGAUAUUAAAGAUAAUGCUGUAGGAACACUUUCCACUCGAGUUACUGAUCAAUUAAAUUCGUUGAAAGGUCUUUGGUCUAGACUAGAAGAAAUACGCGAUUAUCUUCAAAAAGUGGUUAAUAAUGAAUUACCUGUAAACCAUCAAAUUAUUUAUAACCUUCAAGACAUUUUCAACUUAUUACCAAAUCUCAAUGUAGCUGAAAUGGUAAAAUCAUUCUCGGUAAAGACAAAUGAUCAAUUGUUGGUGAUUUAUUUGUCUUCUUUAAUUCGAGCUGUUAUUGCACUUCACAAUUUAAUUAACAAUAAAAUUGAGAAUCUAAAAGGGGAAAAAAAAACUGAAACUCGUCUAGAUGCCAAAACUUUUCAUAAACGCGUGAGACAUUUUCUUAAUGUCUGGAAGACUUCUUCAAGUUCUUCUGAUAGUCCUUUUCAAGGUGUAAAUGCAAUUUUAAUAAUUGUUAGUGAUAUUUCCGAGGAAAACCCAUAUCAAAAGUCUACAGCAUUUCAGGCUACGAGUUUGAAUUGUUCAUUAGCCGAAGUAUUAGAACAGUUAAAACAAGGAGAUCGACAAGUACCGAUUGAGAUUCAUAAAUUAAGUAAAGAUGUAUCUCAUAAUCAAAAAGUUUUUGAAUCAAUAAUUUCUAAAAUUACUGAAGGAGACCAGAAAAAGGUCGGAUUAUUGCUAAAAGAAAAACCUUCUGGCAAAUUUUAUGAUGAAUGGUUAAAUAUUUUCAAACAACAUAAAGAUAACCUAGAAGAAGUUGAUAUAUCUUCGGGAAUAGCUACAGCUUUAGCAGUAAAAGAUGAGGAAGAAUUGAGAACAAUACGCACUGCCAGCAAGAUAAGCAUUACUAUGAUGAACCGUUUCAUUAAUGUGGUAACAACGAUUGUAGAUGAUGAAAAAGAAACAACUCACGAUCAAUUAUCAGAUAAAAUUGAGAACAUUUUGUAUUCAAAAGAUGACAAAUGGCUUAGCAGUCAGAAAACAUUACAAGAUGUAGACUUUGAACGAACAGACAUAUGCUAUGCCCCAAUUAUUCAAAGUGGGGGCAAAUAUAAUUUCAAAGCUACCGCACAGUCUGACAAUAACCUUUUACAUGACGGAACGAUCCUCUGUUCGUUAGGUGUUAGAUAUAAAUCAUAUUGUUCGAAUAUUGGUCGAACUAUUUUAAUUGAUCCAACUAAGGAUCAAGAAAAAACUUAUGAAUUUCUUUUGGAUCUUCAACGACGAUUAUUAGAAUGGAUUAAAGAUGGUGUAAAAAUUUCUGAUGUUUAUAAAAAAGCAUUAAAAUAUAUUAAGAUGAAACGUCCCGAACUUGCAGACAAAUUUGUCAAGAAUUUAGGUCAUGGAAUGGGAAUUGAAUUUAGAGAAUCCAAUUACAUUUUAAACCUAAAAAAUGAUAAAGAAUUUCAAGCUGGAAUGGUAUUAAAUUUAUUUACUGGAUUUGUUGAUUUAGAAAAUCCUAAAGCAACGGAUGCAAAAAAUAAAGUUUAUGCACUUUGGAUAAUAGAUACCGUUAGAGUCGGUAAUGAUUCAGCUGUAUCAUUUACGGAAGGCAACAAGAAUUUAGACAGUAUUUGCUUCUCGCUUAAAGAUUCAAACGAAAGCGAACAAGAAGACACGAAAAAGGCAAAUAAACGUCCUACGAAACCUGCCCAGACUGCAAGAUCAGCCGCUCGGAAAAGUGCCAUAUUAAAAACAAAAUUCAGAAGCGAAGAAAAAGAUGAAGAGUCAAUAGAACAACGACGAAAAAGACAUCAAGAAGAAUUGGCAGCUCAGAAACAAGCCGAUGGUCUAGCUAGAUUUGGGAAUGGCGUAGAUCAUAAAGCAAAACAACCCCAAGAAGCAUUUCGAAAAUUCGAAAGUUACAAAAGGGAUACUGCAUUACCGAAAGAAGUUAAAGAUUUAAAGAUUAUUGUAGAUCAAAGAAACGAGUCGAUUAUCUUACCGGUAUUCGGUUUUGCGGUCCCAUUCCAUAUUUCAACAUUGAAAAAUGUUAAUAAAUCGGAAGAAGGCGAAUAUAUAUAUUUACGUCUUAAUUUCUUGACACCUGGUCAAGCAUCUGGUAAAAAAGAAGAUAUGGUGACUUUUACAUAUCGUAGUACUGAUCCGUUAUUGGCUGAUAUCUAUAAAGGAAUUUUGGAUCUAAAGAAAAGUGCCGCUAAAAAGGAGGCGGAACGAAAAGAAAUGGCUGAUUUAAUUCAACAAGACAAGUUAAUUGAAUUAAAAGGCCGUAGACCUUCUCACCGUUUAUCGGAUGUAUUUGUAAGACCUGGUUUAGAAGGAAAGCGUGUACCAGGAGAAUUAGAGAUCCAUGAAAAUGGCUUGCAAUCCUGUAAUUCAUGGCAAGAAAAAAACCAAGCUUCUGAUGUUCAAUUCGACGAAACUGGUAAUCGAAAAAGAAAGUUUCGAUAUGGUGAUGAAGAUGAACUUGGAGCGGAACAAGAAGAACGUCGUAGGAGAAUUUUGUUAAAUAAAGAAUUUAAAGCAUUCGCCGAAAAAAUAUCAGAAUCAAGUGAAGGUUCUCUUGAUGUUGACAUUCCUUUCCGAGAUAUUGGUUUUCAAGGAGUACCUUUCCGGACAAACGUACUACUGCAACCUACCACAGAAUGUUUCGUACAUUUAACAGACCCUCCAUUCUUAGUAGUAACUAUUACUGAUAUAGAGAUUGCUCAUUUAGAGCGAGUUCAGUUUGGAUUGAAAAAUUUUGAUCUCGUGUUUAUUUUUAAAGAUUAUUCUCGCCCGCCACUUCAUAUUAAUACUAUUCCAAUGAAUCAACUAGAGAAUACGAUUAAUCAAGACCCAGCAGACUUUUAUUCGCAAGGAGGAUGGUCAUUCUUAAAAUUACAUAAUGACGCUUCUGAUUCCGCAAGUGAAUAUCAACAAAGUGAAGAUGAAUAUGAAGAGAGUUCGAGCAAUGAAAGUAGUUAUGAUGAUGAAGCAUCGGAUGUUGCUGUUGUUCAGGGUUCCGAAACAGAAGAAAGUGAUGACUCGGCACCAGAUUGGGAUGAACUAGAAGAAAAAGCACCCGAUGAAAGAAAACAUGGAACUAAACGUGCAAACGAUUCGGAGGAAGAACUUGAGAAUAGCAAGAGAGUUCGUCGUUAA